AUUACAAUUGUCUGUUUUUCUUUUUAGGGCUCAUGUAAUCAAAGAAGUUUUUGUUGUGUGUAUCUUUUCAGAACACAACAGGAAUUGAAAAUGAAUCAGAACACUACUGAGCCUGUGGCAACCGCUGAGACCCUGGCCCAGGUACCCGAACAUGUGCUCCGAGGACUUCCUGAGGAAGUGAGGCUUUUCCCAUCUGCUGUUGACAAGGCUCGGAUUGGUGUCUGGGCCACUAAACCAAUUUUAAAAGGCAAAAAGUUUGGACCAUUUGUUGGUGAUAAGAAAAAAAGAUCUCAGGUUAAGAAUAAUGUGUACAUGUGGGAGGUAUACUAUCCAAAUUUGGGAUGGAUGUGCAUUGAUGCCACCGAUCCAGAGAAGGGGAACUGGCUGCGAUAUGUGAAUUGGGCUUGUUCAGGAGAAGAGCAAAAUUUAUUUCCACUGGAAAUCAACAGGGCUAUUUACUAUAAGACUUUAAAGCCAAUCGCGCCGGGCGAGGAGCUCCUGGUCUGGUACAAUGGGGAAGACAACCCCGAGAUAGCAGCUGCGAUUGAGGAAGAGCGAGCCAGCGCCCGGAGCAAGCGGAGUUCCCCGAAAAGCAGGAAAGGGAAGAAAAAACCCCAGGAAAAUAAAAACAAAGGAAACAAAACUGAAGACAUACAGCUGAAGACAAGCGAGCCAGAUCCCACCUCUGCCAAUAUGAGAGAUUCUGCAGAAGGUGCCAAAGAAGAGGACGAGAAGCCGUCAGCUCCAGCAGCUGAGCAGACAGCUGUUCAGGAGGUGGUUAAUCAGGAUGUGCUUCCAGAACUAGGAACCCCUCUCCCUGCCUGCGAGCUACACACAGAACCAGACAAGAAGCUAGAAGCAACAAAUUGUGAGGUGAAUGACUUGGAGGAAGAGGAGGAGGAGGAAGAGGAGGAAGACGAUGGCUUGGAAGAAGAGGGGGAAGAAGAAGCUGACAUGCCAAAUGAAAGUUCUGUGAAAGAGCCGGAAAUACGGUGUGAUGAGAAGCUAGAAGAUUUAUUAGAAGAACCAAAAAACAUUUCAAAAGAAACUCUCGAAGACUCUCCAGAGGUAACUCCUGUUAUCAAAAUUCCCAAAACUAAGGAAGAAGCCAAUGGUGAUGUAUUUGAAACAUUAAUGUUUCCAUGUCAGCAUUGUGAAAGGAAGUUUACAACCAAACAGGGGCUGGAACGGCACAUGCACAUCCAUAUAUCUACAGUCAACCAUGCUUUCAAAUGCAAGUACUGUGGGAAAGCAUUCGGCACCCAAAUUAACAGGCGGAGGCAUGAGCGUCGCCAUGAGGCAGGGUUAAAGCGAAAAGCCGGCCUAACACUACAGCCAUCAGAGGACCUAGCUGAUGGCAAAGAAUCUGGAGACAGUGUCACUCCAAAAGAUGACUCGAUUCCUCCCAAUCUUGGGCAAAACUGUCUGAUCUUGAGUUCAGAGAAAGCUUCCCAAGAAACAGUAAAUUCUUCUGUUGUAGAAGAGAAUGGAGAAGUUAAAGAGCUUCAUCCAUGCAAAUACUGUAAGAAGGUUUUUGGCACUCAUACUAAUAUGAGACGGCACCAGCGCAGAGUUCAUGAACGUCACCUGAUUCCCAAAGGUGUGCGGAGAAAAGGAGGCCUUCUGGAAGAGCCCCAGCCGCCCGCAGAACGGGCCCAGCCCCCCCAGAAUGUCUACGUUCCCAGCACUGAACCCGAGGAGGAAGGGGAGGCAGAUGACGUGUACAUCAUGGACAUUUCUAGCAAUAUCUCUGAGAACUUAAAUUACUAUAUUGAUGGUAAAAUUCAAACCAGCAGCAGCACCAGUAACUGUGAUGUGAUUGAGAUGGAGUCCAGUUCGGCUGACUUGUUUGGUAUAAACUGUCUGCUCACUCCAGUUACAGUGGAAAUUACUCAGAAUAUAAAGACCACACAGAUCCCCAUAGCAGAUAAUCUUCCUAAAGAGCCUUCCAGCAGCACAAACAGUGAGUCCAAGAGACGGAGAACUGCUAGUCCGCCCGUGUUACCCAGAAUCAAAGCUGAAGCAGAGCCUGAGCCCAUAGCACCCUCGUGCUCCUUGAGCCUGCCCCUUAGCAUCUCCACCACGGAGGCGGUGUCUCUCCACAAAGAGAAAGGCGUGUACUUGUCGUCAAAGCUCAAGCAGCUCCUUCAGACCCAGGAUAAACUGACUCCUCCUGCAGGGAUUUUGGCAGCUGAGAUCACUAAGUUAGGUCCUGUCUGUGUGUCCGCUCCUGCAUCGAUGCUGCCCGUGACCUCCAGUAGGUUUAAGCGGCGGACCAGCUCCCCUCCCAGCUCUCCACAGCACAGUCCUGCCCUUCGAGACUUCGGAAAGCAAAGCGAUGGGAAAGCAGUGUGGACUGAUGCAGUUCUGGGUUCCAAAAAGCCCAAGUUAGAAAGUCAUAGCAACUCCUCCCCGGUGUGGAGUUUGUCUGGGAGAGACGAGAGGGAAACCGUGAGCCCGCCAUGCUUUGAUGAAUUCAAGGUAUCCAAAGAGUGGGCCGCCAGUUCCACUUUUAGCCCUGUGUGCAACCAGCAGCCACUGGAUUUGUCCAGCGGUGUCAAACAGAAGACUGAGGGCACCGGCAGGCCUCCGGUCCAGUGGGAGUCUGUGUUAGAUCUCAGUGUGCAUAAAAAGACUUGUGGGGACUCAGAAAGCAAGGAAUUCAAAGACAGCAGCGUGGCGCAGCCAACCUGCGGUGCUGGCAAGAAGAAGAAGCCGACCACCUGCAUGCUGCAGAAGGUCCUUCUCAAUGAGUACAAUGGCAUCGGCGUGCCCAUCGAAAACACGGCAGAUGUCACCAGGAGCCCGAGUCCUUGUAAAUCCCUGGAUCCCCAGGCAGAUCCUGACCUUGGGCCUGACACGAGUUUGUCUGCCCCUCCUGUGGAGCACCCACCUGAUGUUUCUCCUUCAUCUCCUGCCUGCCAGGCACCCUCUCUUUCCUCCGGGCAGCUGCCUCCUCUCUUGAUGCCAACACAUCCCUCAUCCCCUCCGCCCUGUCCUCCUGUGCUAACUGUGGCCACACCACCUCCUCCACUCCUGCCUACCAUACCUCUUCCAGCCCCCUCUUCCGGGGCAUCUCCUCUCCCGUGUCCCUCUCCACUCUCAAAUGCGACUGCACAGUCCCCACUUCCGAUUCUUUCUCCUACGGUGUCUCCCUCGCCUUCUCCCAUUCCUUCCGUAGAGCCUCUCAUGUCUGCUGCCUCUCCGGGGCCUCCAACACUCUCAUCAUCUUCUGCAUCUUCAUCUUCAUUCUCUUCAUCUUCCUCCUCUUCCCCCUCACCACCUCCUCUGUCAGCAGUAUCAUCCGUUGUUUCUUCUGGGGAUAAUCUGGAAGCCUCCCUCCCCAUGAUAUCUUUCAAACAGGAGGAAUUAGAGAAUGAAGAUCUGAAACCCAGGGAAGAACCCCCGUCUGCAGUUGAACAGGAUAUUGUUCAGGAAACAUUCAACAAAAACUUUGUCUGCAAUGUGUGUGAAUCACCUUUUCUUUCCAUUAAAGAUCUAACCAAACAUUUAUCUGUUCAUGCUGAAGAAUGGCCCUUCAAAUGUGAAUUUUGUGUGCAGCUUUUUAAGGCUAAAACUGACUUGUCAGAACAUCGCUUUUUGCUUCAUGGAGUUGGGAAUAUCUUUGUGUGUUCAGUUUGUAAAAAAGAAUUUGCUUUUUUGUGCAAUUUGCAGCAGCACCAGCGAGAUCUGCACCCGGAUAAGGUGUGCACACACCACGAGUUUGAGAGUGGCACCCUGAGGCCGCAGAACUUUACAGAUCCCAGCAAGGCCCACGCAGAACAUAUGCAGAGUUUGCCGGAAGAUCCUUCAGAAACGUCAAAAGAGGAAGAGGAGUUAAAUGAUUCUUCCGAAGAGCUUUACACGACCAUAAAAAUAAUGGCUUCUGGGCUAAAGACAAAAGAUCCAGAUGUUCGAUUGGGUCUCAAUCAACAUUACCCAAGCUUUAAACCGCCUCCAUUUCAGUACCAUCACCGAAACCCCAUGGGUAUCGGUGUGACGGCCACCAACUUCACUACACACAACAUUCCACAGACGUUUAGCACUGCCAUUCGCUGCACCAAGUGCGGCAAGGGUGUGGACAACAUGCCCGAGCUACACAAGCACAUCCUGGCCUGCGCUUCUGCCAGCGACAAGAAGAGGUACACCCCUAGGAAAAACCCAGUACCGCUGAAACAAACGGUGCAACCCAAAAACGGCGUGGUGGUUUUGGAGAACUCUGGGAAAAAUGCCUUUAGACGAAUGGGACAACCCAAAAGACUGAACUUUAGUGUCGAACUCAGCAAAAUGUCACCAAAUAAGCUCAAAUUAAAUGCAUUGAAGAAAAAAAACCAGCUUGUUCAGAAAGCAAUCCUGCAAAAAAACAAAUCUGCCAAGCAGAAGGCGGACUUAAAAAAUGCUUCGGAGUCCUCCUCACACAUCUGUCCGUAUUGCCAUCGGGAGUUCACGUACAUAGGAAGCCUGAAUAAGCAUGCUGCUUUCAGCUGUCCCAAAAAACCGCUUUCUCCUCCCAAAAAAAAAGUUUCCCAUUCGUCCAAGAAAGGUGGGCAUGUGUCACCUGCAAGUAGUGACAGAAGCAGCAGCAACCACCGCAGACGGACCGCAGAUGCCGAGAUUAAAAUGCAAAACACGCAGGCUCCUUUGGGCAAGACUAGAGCUCGCAGCUCAGGCCCCGCACAGGUCUCACUGCCCUCCUCGUCCUUCAGGUCCAAGCAGAAUGUCAAAUUUGCAGCUCCGGGGAAGUCCAAGAAACCAACCUCCUCUUUAAGGAACUCGAGUCCAAUCAGAAUGGCCAAAAUAACUCAUGUUGAGGGGAAAAAGCCCAAAGCUGUGGCCAAGAAUCAUUCUGCUCAGCUCUCGAGCAAGACGGCCCGGAGCCUGCACGUGAGGGUACAGAAAAGCAAGGCCGUCUUACAAAGCAAAUCCGCUCUGACCGGUAAGAAAAGAACAGACCGGUUCAAUGUAAAAUCUAGAGAACGGAGUGGCGGGCCCAUCACCCGAAGCCUCCAGCUGGCAGCUGCUGCCGACCUGGGCGAAAGCAGAAGGGAGGACAGCAGUGGCAAGCAGGAGCUGAAGGACUUCAGCUACAGCCUCCGCCUGGCGACCCGAUGCCCCACGCCUGCCGCCCCGUACAUCACCAGGCAGUGCAGGAGUGUCAAGGCCACGACCGCAGCUCAGCUCCAAGGACCCCUCUUCAAAGAGUAGAAGCUUCACCUGCUCCCUGACAGCACCUGAAGUGACCUGGAAUCAGAGAAGCCAAAGGGACUGGCCUUCCGCCCUGUAGGGAGUAGCGACCUAUUCCAGUGCUAGAGUUUGUGAGAGAAAGGGAGUGCACGUGUGAGCGUGCACGUGUGAGCGUGCACGCCUGCCUGCCUGCGUGUGGUCUCCAGAACCCUAGGGAGGCAGGGCACCAGCUGAUUCCACACCAACGAGCAUGUUCUGCAGCUCGGCCUUCCUGCAGGGGCGGGACCUCUCCUACUAUGCAAUUUUUCAAGAGCUCCUUGAUCCUGCUUUUUGCUUCUCGAGUUGUCCUUCACUGCGGCGGGGACCUGGGUCUGGCCCAGGGGUCAGCUCCAGUCGUGUCGGAGGAAGACCUUCAGGAGGAGGCCAAGCUCCCCUUCCAGCCGCCCCCACCCCCGCCCUCAUGUCCCACACCCCUCACGAUCUCUGGGAAUCGUAGCGUGCAGACAUGUCGGAGCCUUGCUGACCCUUUGGUCUGUGCACUUGGAAAACCUUCCUGGCCUGCUAGCCUGAGCUGUCGGCGCUUGAGUCAUUUCCAGAUUUGAAAUCGUGGUUAGUCCAUGUGCAUCGGAGAAAGCCCUGGUCCCCGUGUAUGGAUCGGGUUCCUCCAUGGGAGAAGCAGGGGGCGGGGAGGGGUGGUGUCCUGUGUCCGGGAGCUCCUCUGCCUCACUUGGUGGGACCAGCAACACUCUUAGUGUCUGAGCUUCUCAAAUGAGCUGAAAAGGGAAACAAACAAAUAGAAAUUGGGGAAUGAAAGUUAAGGUGGAACAUGAAAAAGCGAAGGUGGGGCGGGGAGAAAAAGAGAUUUCUGGGAGUUCUCCAUCGCCUGCCAGGGGCACUGGAGAAGGCCCCUGCUCUGGUGGGACAGGCCAUGCCUUGGAGACACGGGUGAGCUGAGCUAGGAGUCGGGACCUGGUGCGGGUCUUGGGUUUGUGCCUUUGGGGCAGACCCCAGACGAGGAUGCCCGAGGCCCCUCCCACCUGUGCCUCACCCCGUUUUCAACAGUAACUUAACCAACCCAAAGUGGAGGGAGGGGACCGGGAAGCGUGUGCGUGGUCACACACACAAAAAGGGACUUUUUUUCAGGGCUACUAUGGUUGAUCUUGCAACUCUGUACAUAUGUAUGUAGACACUUUUCAAAGCACGUAUUUAUGUCCCUGACUGUAAAUGCCCCGUUUUUAAAGUUUUAUAACUUGUGUUAUUUAAUUAAUCAGUCGACCGGCUGCCUGUGUGCGGGCUCUGAUAACGGUCCAGGAGAAAGUUCUCGCGAGAUCCUCACAUGGGCAGAAAAACACCACUGAUCGUUGGCCUACAUCCCAGUUUUCCUAGUUCCCACCCGGCUAACAACUGCUGUUUGUUUUAAACGUUCGUAAACUGGAAGGAAUCCUUUUGCCCGCUUCUGAAACUCGCCCUCUUGAGCAUGAACAUCCGUGGCUGUCCCUUAUCCUCACGAGACGAUGUUGUCCCAUAAAUGUCAACACUCACGUACUGUACCCAGCCUCUCAGUUCUUGAGGGUUUUCCCCAUUCAGCAGCGAGGGAGGCGUAGGUACCCAGAACUUGGGAGGUCACCUUCAGCGAUUGGCAAAUCCUGGGAGUGUUGUGGGGUGGGGGGUUGGGGGCCACUCCUUUUUUGCAUGUGCAAACAUGCUGGUCAGCUGUCAACCUCCGGAGCCCCAGGGGAAGGGGGAGUCGUUCACAGAGUGGCUUCCCUGGCCCACGGGAGCUAGGGAGGUGGGUUUGGCCCUCCCAGGGAGACAGUUCUGUAUCUGCCAUGUGAAGAAAAUUAACAAUAAAAGUGUGAAGUGCGAUUGUAA